AUGAGUGUUGAACCCUUAGUCGACCGGCCGCGGCUGGAGUUGACCGAGGCCGAAUUGGCGAAGGUGGAGGAGUACGAGUUCCAGUACGGGCCGAUGCUGCUUCUCUCGCAGGCAGUGAAGCUGGGGCUGCCGGUGGUGGUGCUGUGCCGCAACAACCACAAGCUCGUGGCGCGGGUCAAGGCGUUCGACCGCCAUUGCAACAUGAUCUUGGAGAAUGUCAAGGAGUUGUGGACCGAGGUCGAGCGCAACGACCAGGGCAAGAAGCUCCGCGAGGUCGACCGCGAGCGGUUUGUGCUGAAAAUGUUUUUGCGUGGGGACCUGGUGAUCAUCGUGGUCAAGGCCUAA